CCGCGCGUAACGCCAGCCACGCAUCACCGAAGCACUUUUGGUCGGCGCAGAGCAGCACAAGCCACGCCCCCCUCUGAGCAGAAUUGGGGCGUUCGUUGCCCAGCGCCCAGCUCGACAUCGCGAUCGGGGAGGAGGAACGACCCGCCCAGCACUUUUGUGUGUGUCUCUCUCUGUCACUCCCCCCGCCGUACCGUGGCUCUGCCCACCGGAUUUGGUGUAUGCACUGCUGCUGGGCGGAUGCCUUCCCUGGUAUGGCCCGGCUGGGGCGCCUGUCGUCAUCCGUCCUGUGGCUUUCGUGUGUCUGAGGAGAAUCAAGCAUCCAGCGUGAGAAGCUCCUCCCCGGUGGUUCUGGCUAGCUCAGUCACGGGAAUGCUAUAAAGCUCUUUGUCCUCGCCCAACCUGGCUGCACUUUUUCUUCCACACCACACUCUGCAUCAUUGAACGAAUCACACGUCAAUACACAGCAACUCAACAUGUCUCUUCACUACCUCCCCCCCGUCAAGCCUUCGGCUAUCGCCCUCGGUACCGUCUUCAACCACGGUGUUGAGCUUGCUGUUCUCACCCCGCUCCUCGGUGCCACCUACCAGCGCGCCAAGGCUGCCAACACCAAGGAGGAGUUCCUCCGCUCCAAGGAGGCCACCGGCGCCGCCGUCGCCUGGGGCACUUCCCUCGUCGGCUCUGCCCUCCAGUCCUACGGUGUUGGUGCUCUGCUCAACGCCACUGCCACUCUGAGCUACAAGGGCGCCGCCUACCUCGGUGGUCUCAUCUUCCUCGCUACCUCUGCGCCUACCUACCUCACCCAGCUCUUCACCGAGAAGCGCACCGCCGAGACCGUCGCUGUUGGUGCCGCUGCCAAGAUCGUCGAGACCGUCGGUCUGUCGCUCUUCCUCACCUGGUGGGGCACUCGCACCAACCCGUUCGACUAAAGGGCUUCGUUUGAUCCUUUCCUCAUGGUAGGAGGACAUCAACCCAUCCGUGUGCCGGCCUGAGGAAGCUCCAGAGUUGAAAAAAGACCACUCUGGUGAUGAUCUCUUUUUGGCUUAGGGGGCACGGGUGGAGGUUGGAAUGUAACAAUACAGACUAGCAGCGUAAUGAUUAUGACGAGCUGGCUCAUGUGUAGUUAAUAAAAUAUAAUAACUUCCACAAA